GGGGCAGCUCCUCCCCGCGCGCCGCGGGCGGGGCGGGGCUGGCGGCGGCGGCGUGCAGAGCCUGUGCGGGUGGCGGCGCGGCGCGGACGGGGCCGGGGCCGGGGCCGGGGACAGGGCCGGUGCGGCGGGCGCCCGGCAGCAUGGAGAAAGCGGGCGAUGGGCGCAACGGGCACGCGGAGGGCUCGUCGCCGGCGGCGGGCGGCGCGGGCGCGGGCGGCGGGUGCGGCGGGCGCGUGCGGGGCUUCCUGCGGCGCAACGGGCUGGUGGUGCUGACGGUGUCGGGGGUGCUGGCCGGCGUGGCGCUGGGCGCGGCGGUGCGCGGCGCGGCGCUGGGCCCGGCGCGGGUGGCCUACCUGGCCUUCCCGGGGGAGCUGCUGCUGCGCAUGCUGCGCAUGGUGAUCCUGCCGCUGGUGGUGUGCAGCCUGGUGUCGGGGGCGGCCAGCCUGGACACCCGCUCGCUCGGCCGCCUCGGCGGCAUCGCCCUCGCCUACUUCCUGGGCACCACGCUGCUGGCCGCCGGCCUGGCCGUGGCCCUCGGCUUCAUCGUGCGCCCGGGCGCCGGCGCCGGCGCCCUCAACGCGCCCGGGCUGAGGCUGCCGGGCGCCGUGCGCACCAACAAGGAGACGGUGGACUCCUUCCUCGACCUCGUCAGAAACCUGUUUCCUGCAAAUCUUGUUGCUGCAGCUUUCCGAACGUAUGCGACAGACUAUGAGAUACUGGUGAGAAACACUACCUCUGGAAAUGUCACACUGGAGAAGAUCCCUGUUGGCACUGAGAUUGAAGGGAUGAAUAUCCUGGGACUGGUGCUGUUUGCUCUGGUUCUAGGAGUGGCACUGAAAAAGCUUGGCCAGGAAGGGGAAGAUCUGAUUCGCUUCUUUAAUUCAUUCAAUGAGGCAACUAUGGUCUUGGUUUCCUGGAUUAUGUGGUACGUACCUAUUGGCAUUAUGUUCCUUGUGGGGAGCAAGAUCGUGGAAAUGGAAGAUAUUAUGCUUCUGGUGACCAGUCUGGGAAAAUACAUCUUUGCCUCUAUUCUGGGCCACUUCAUCCAUGGAGGAAUCAUUCUGCCACUUAUUUAUUUUGCAUCUACACGGCAAAAUCCUUAUCGCUUUCUCUUAGGACUUAUCACACCACUUGCCACUGCUUUUGCCACUUCCUCCAGCUCGGCCACUCUCCCGUCGAUGAUCAAAUGUAUUGAGGAAAACAAUGGAGUUGACAAGAGGAUCAGCAGGUUUAUCCUUCCUAUUGGGGCAACUGUGAACAUGGAUGGAGCUGCUAUUUUUCAGUGCAUGGCAGCUGUGUUUAUUGCUCAGCUGAACAACGCUGACCUCAAUGCAGGGCAGAUCUUCACUAUUCUUGUGACAGCCACUGCAUCCAGCGUGGGUGCAGCAGGUGUCCCGGCUGGAGGAGUCCUCACCAUUGCCAUCAUUCUGGAGGCUAUUGGACUUCCGACCAAUGAUCUGUCAUUGAUAUUAGCAGUGGACUGGAUUGUGGACCGAACCACCACAGUUGUGAAUGUGGAAGGGGAUGCCCUAGGAGCAGGUAUCCUUCAUUACCUGAAUGAAAAAGCAAAGAAAGACAAAGAACAGGAAUUAAAGGAAGUCAGCGUAGAAGCAGUUGCCAACAGCAAGUCUGAAGGGGAAACAUCGCCUUUGGUAACUCACAAAAAUCAAGUCUCCAACACAACCAGCACCGCAGACCCUGAAUCCAAGGAAUCAGUAUUGUAACUAGAGGCAUUUCGUCAGCAUGCAUCCUGGAGGUGGACCGGCAACUUGUUAACACACCUAGACAUUUGCAGUGCUAACAAGGGCUGGAUGGCUCUUCAAAGUUUUCUGUUCCAGUCUGUUUUGAAACACACUGGUCUGGGGAGGGGGAGGGAGGUGGGUUGGGGAGAGAAAGGGUGGUGAGAAAAAACAUCUGCUUUAUAAUAGUAUUUUGAUAGUUCAUAUGUAUACAUGUAUAUAUGUGUUGCAUAUACACACACAUAUACAUGUAUGUGAAAACAAUGCCAUUGAGACUUCUGGUUUAACAAAAGAUCUGUUACUAAAGGCCCAUAUGGGUAAGAGAUGGGGAAGCAGACUAACCCAGUAAGUGCUGGUUGUAGGAGAAAAUUAGUAGGCUUACUGUGCUGCUGUUCGGAUGGAGAUACGGUCUAGAGCUUCCAAAGUGGGUGAGAAUGUUGUUUAGAUUUAGUUUCUUGCCUGGAAACACUUGCUGGCAACUACAGAAACAAUAUGAAGCAACAUUUUUCUCCCACUUCCCUUCCUCUCCUGUUCUCCUGUCCCAUAAAAACAGCAAAUGUAUGCUGAAAACUAGCUUUUUUUAUUUUUUUAAUUUCGUGUUUGAAUUAGUAGCUUAUGGGGGUCUGAUCCUCGUUCCAUUCCCCCAGUUCAUUGCAGCUCAUAGUGGCUUUCAUGCCUUUUGGUGAGUAACUCCCAAAUUUUAGGACCAGACAAAGAAGAUCUCAGUGAAGAUCAAAGAUCAUUUUUCUCCUUCACUCUAACCAAGCAAUUGAGCAAAAAAAUCAGAGGAAACACAAAUUUUGUUAAAGUUAUCCCCCUUGGGUGAAAAAAAAAUGAGGAGUCUGUUCCAGCUCAGAUCUGUCUGAAUGAGACUUGCCUGUGACAACAUCAAGAAACUAAGUCAGUUCCCUUCAUGAAAACACACAUGGUCCUUUGCUAGCACACCUUGUCCUGUUCAUGUUUGUUUAAUGGGUCAGUCCAAACAAAUUAAGUCAUAUCCCUUUCCCAGCAAACUUGAACAGGGGAGGAAAAAAUCUGAACGCACAACAUGUGUGAACUGACAACAGGCAAAUCUGAUUGUUGCUUCAAAAGGGGAAGAAAGGUGAGUUUCUAAGACCAUGUAGUUCAGUGAUCUCUGGGUUUUGGGACAGCUGUAUACCUGUUCCUGUUAGGAGCUUGGUCCUGCUUUAAGUGUCCUUCCAGCAGUAGCUCACAUUUAAUAAUUCUGGGUGGUGAUGGGCCAGGAUAGUGCUUAAUGGCAGAUGGUGACCUUUGCUUGAGGCUGAGCCAAACGCUUCUGGAUUCUGACUCCGCCUUUUCUCCUUUACCACAUACGUCCUGAAUUUGCACCCCAAACCUGAUCAAAGUCCAGCAAACUCACUGCAAAGCUCCUGUUGUUUUCUCUUGGCUUUUUGGACAGCAAAUAGUUACAAAAUGAAUGCUGUGCAAGUGCAAAGGUUUGCCUGGACUUGUGACUCUUUUGCUUGGCUAGUUUAGUAAGAUGAGUGCAUAUGGUCAGUCUCCACACUGUUAACUCAGCAAUUUAUAUUUACACUUAGCUUCGAUAAAAAGCAAUGACAAGUCACCCCUUUUCUUUUUCCUCUCUUUCUUCAGAGGGAGCUAUCUUGGAAAGAUCCAGUUGCUGAUGUUUAUGUUCAUGGCACUAGGAAGAGGCAGUUCCAAUUUUCAUAGCAGUAGCAACCUUCAUUUGCAAAGCAUCUUUCCUGGUAAUGGAACAAUUUUUUCCUGGUAAAGGAAGAUUUUGCAAAAAGACUCUCAGAAUGAGAUGUAGCCACCUCUGAGGGAAAACACAGUGAGUGCGUCAUUACCGUCUGUUUAAUUGUGUGCAGCAGGGCUACACAAACAAUCAAGGUAGGAAAGGAUUAGUCAGUCCACUGCAAAACUGCAGGUGGAGUUUCUUUUUAACCAGUUUAUUUAUGUCCGCGUCCACAAAAUUUGGACAUUCCUUGGCUAAUCUUAAAAAUCUGAGACAAACACAGUUCUCUAGGGACAUUCUUUGCCCCGUAUUUAUUAUUUUGUUUUCUAGCAGAUCAAGACCCACUGCAACUUUGCAUUUCCUCCCAUUAAAAUCCUCCCAACUCCUCUCAACUCAGGAAACCAGAAGCGCACUUUGUAGCUGGUCAUAAAAGUCAACAAUUAAGAGAUGCUUUGAAAAGCUUUGAUGUUUGAAGAAAUGGGUCUCAACAGAACCUUUUUUUUUUUUUAAACAAACAUAAAUAUUUCAUAAUGCCUCAAGGGAGCUGAAAAUCACUACUGUUCUCUGUGGGCUGAGUUCUGUUGUUGCAUUUUGUCUCCCGCCAGGCAUUUAGCCCUUCAGUCUCUGAUGCUCUUCCUCACCACGACACGUGCAGCCCAGGCCAGCUCAUGAGAGCAGGCAGUGAGAGCACCGAAAUGACAGUUUCCAUGAAGAAUCACAGCAGUGUUUCAGAGUAGAACAUUUCCUGAUUUUGAUUUUUCACCCCAAAGUUGACACUGCUCACAGGUAAAAGUAUUCACCCCCAGAACUGGGGUUCCUCACAGACAGCAUUGCCCUGUUGUUUUUUCUUCCCUGUGGUGCUCCAGCUUGGUUGUGCCUCUUCCCUGUAGCAGCGUAGACUAGGCUAUGAGGUAUUCUUCCUGACAGCAGACCCCAGGGAAUUUUAAAGUGAAACUGAUACCUCAGAGUCUUUUUAAUAUUUUUAAUUUUUUCUGAUAGCAAUGCCCAGGUCUUUGCUGAAAAAUACCUCUCCCAAUUCCCACAAUUGGGUUGCCAUGUUUUGCAUCAUUGUGAAUGUCAAGGUAAUUUUAAGAUGUAGUCCCCUGUCAAGCUUGUUCCAGUGGUCAGAUUCAAAGAGGUCAAAUCAUUACUGUAGCUGGAAUUUAACCAAGGAAAUCUAACACUCCUUCUCCUGGAAACAGGUGCCAUAGGGCUUUUGUGGACCAUGAGUAUUCAGGACCAGUCUUCUUAACUUACCAGAAAUCUGUAAUCUUACAGUACCUCUAUUUUAGGCUUAUAAUGGUGCCAGUUGUUUUGGUGUUCACACAUAGCAAGAGGUACCCAGAGGUUUCAUGAAAGCAGGGUAAUUACUGCUUGUCAGAAUAUCUUCUUUGUCUUUUCUGUAUCAUCUGUGUCACAAGAUACAUUUCUUGUUUUUCUAUAAUGUUAUUGUCCUUAAGAUGGCCAUGCCACAUGUUCUCCAUCUCCAUGGGCUCUCUGUCAUGAACUGUAAAAUGUUCGUACGUUCUAACAGCUGCCCUCGUAGCAGUGUGAGUCCUCACUGAAAGCCCAGUGAAACCGGUAGAAAACUUGCCAUUUGCUUCAAGUGGUCAAGGUCUUCAGGUAAGGUUGUUGGGAGUAAAAUGAAAGGGCUGUAGAAGGAUGUGCAUUUUUCUCACUCUGUGCUGUUCAGAUGCAGUCCUUGACCUGCAGUGCAGUGCGUUACACUGAGAACUUCCUAUUUCUGAUCCCCAUGCAGCCUCUUGCCAAGAGACUGAAAGCUGACUAAGAAGGUGCUCAGCAGCAGUGCAGGUGCAGCUAGUGGUACCUGCUCUGCUCUUUCCCAGGCACUCCAUGAAUCUGGUGCCACAUAGUACUUAAUGCAAUGUCUCUUUGACUGGAUGUAUGUUUGAGUUCUCCCAACUCGACUGUAAAAUGGAAACCUCUUCCAUCAGUUGCCUUUUCUUUCAGGAGGAAAUAAAUUCCAUCUAGGAAAUAACAUUUUUCUCUUUGGUUUUAGUCUUUGCUUUGGAAGGGACAAAUCCUCUUUGUCUCUUCUGGGGUCUCUCUAAGGUAUCCACAUCGCCUGGGGACACUGGGCUGCCAUUGCCUUUCCUGCCCCAGCUUCCUUUCAUUUCCUUUUUAGGUUUCCUACGGGUUUGUAUCUUGGGUCCAAGGGUGAAUUCCUACUAAUUCUUUCCCUUUUUAAGGGAUGUUUCUCACAUGCACUCUCUGAUGUGAGGUAAUGUGGAGGAGCUCCAGCCACAUCCUUUCAUAGCGAGAGGGAUACUGGUGGCAUCUCCUUCCUCUGUGCGGACUUUUACUUGUAUGAGAUGUAUCAUAUGCUACCAUUGUGGGAGUCUCUAUGCCGCACAGGUGAAAUGGGACUGAAAAAGAACAGUGGAUUCUAGUGUUACUAAUCAGAAGGGGAGGAUACACACCCAGAGCAAUCCUGUUGUCACAGAAACUUCCUCUGCUUAGGAAAGCAGGCUGCAAACAGCUCAUGCUCUAUCUUCUAGUACUAUGAUUGAUUUGGGGGAGAUAUGGGAAUACAGAAGAGAAAGUAAGAUAAGUCUUUGGCAUACUCCAGCCCAUUUUGUCUCCAGCACCACUGUUUCUUCUGCUUUUUUCUUCUUCAGGGAAGUUUCUUAAACCAUCUUUUAUUUCCUCUUCUCUGGGAAUGACUUUCCCCUCCAUGCUUUAUCCAUCACUGCCUCGUUUCAUCCCACUUCCUGAAAUGCCUAAAACUGUUUUUAUUUGUCAGUGGCCCAGGCCUAAGUGGGAGAGUGGACACUGAGCUUUGAGAGCCCCAGCUGGUCCUGGGGAAUGUAGUCAUCCGGUGAUCCGUUUGCAUUCUGCCUCGCUUCUGCCUUAGCUCACCGAGGGUUUGUGAAGCUUGGUAAGUUAAUGAGUUGCUCUGAGGGUGCUAAGCAGCAUUUCCGUUAUCCUGAGAAAGGGACUUGUUCUGUGCUGUGAGAUGGGGCUAUGGACACCUGACAAGCUGUAGUGAGCAAUGGAGGGUGCCAACGCUUGACUGCUAUUAGGGUCUUUUAAAUAAAGACCCAUUAUUCCCAGGAACUGAGUUUCAGCUGAGCCUCAGCUGGUGUGCUGGUAAUUGCACUGCAAGAUUCAGUAAUUGCAAAGGACUUUAAACCCCUCUUGGGAUGUCUCUUGCAGUCAGAACAGCUUUUGUCUUGAGAACAAACGAGGGCCAAAUGUAAGACAGGGUUCUUCCUGCAGUGAUGUGCCAAACGGCAUUAGGCGCAUUGUGGGUCCUUUACACAUAAUGGAAAUGUGGAGCCAGACAAAGUCCCAAGUCAGCUGGUAAAACAACCUCUGCUUUCCCUUUUUACUGGGCAUUCGGCAGUCCUGACACUGCCUGUACAGACAGCACUCUGAGCUGGAAGGGCGGGAAGCUAAGAGAAGCAUGUGUGGGGCAAGAAGGUUUCAUAUGUGCUUGCUCUGUCCCUGUACUCUUCCUUGGGCAUCUGCUGUGGCCACUGCCAGAGAUGGACAUGAUCCAGUAAGACCGUUCUCGUAGGCAUUCUCUCAUGCGUGUCUGCAUAUUUUACAGCAAGAGAAAUUAAAACUGAGGCACUUAGGCUGCUGUUGAAGGGAGAGCUUCCUCUUUCAAGUCCUUGAGCCAGUCAGAGGCCCUGGUAUCUUUGUGGCUGACCACCCCACGUAUGUUGUAGGCUGUGUCCUUGAGGGCUUGCCUAAGGUACAAAAACACAGCUUCUUUCGGCAAAGAUCAGUAGUGUUAGUGAACACUGCUGCUUUGGGGCUUUGCAGAAAUGUGGGCUGAAUCUUCACUCCUGAUCUCCUGCUAGCACAGCACAUUCCUGCAGCCCUCUGGAAAACAGCCUCCUGCUAGAAUCCAUCUUUCUUUCCCCUGAGCUCCAACAAGGAGUGAGCAAUGGGCCUCAGGUAGGAAGUCAGAAGACCAAAGGACAAACUCUUACCAAUAGAAAAAGGUGACAUCUUCACAGAUCAUAACUGGGCCAUGGCAGUUCAGAGUCACUUGCAGACCUGCCUGAUCCUGUGACUGAUGAACAGCAUAGAAUGAAGUCGGUCACAUAAAUCCUGUACCUGUAAGUGGAGGUUAUGGGUACUUACCUGUCUCUCACAGGCAAUAAUGUGGAAGAUAAUGAAUCAGCAGUGUUUGUAAAGCACCCUUAAGACACAGAGCACUAAAUCUUAAAUAAUAACAAAAAUCUGAAAGCAAUCAAAUAAUUAAAGUAUGUGUCAUGAAGUCAGAGUUGCAUUGUGCUAGGGUGUGAAUGAUUCCUUGUGUGACAGAAAAGAAGAGUGAUCUGUUCAAAUGUACAUAUUUGCUGGACUAACUCUGGGGAAGAGCAAAAGCUAGUGUCAGAGUGGGUUGCAUUUCAGAAAGGGGAUGUGAUUUGGCAAGCAGAGGAGCACAGUGCCCUGUUAUAUCUGCCUGAUAAAUCUGAAGGAAGAGCUGGAAGUUAAGGUUGUAGGUGGAGCAUCAGAGAGGACAGAGUAGAUGAGUGGAUACAGAAUAAGUGAAAACACUGAAGGAAGCAUCUUCUCCUUGGCAUUUUCUUAGGGCUAACGCCAGAGGCUGCAUUUGUCUAGCAUAUAGCAGCAAUCAUGCAAAUCUCUGCCCAGUGACAUUGGGCAGGGUUUGCAGGGAGAGGCAUGGACUGAGUGCUGUUUGUGAAGUGCACUGUCACUGGGUGACAGCUAAGCACCUAGCACGCCAGGGAAAAAACUGUACAGUUCGAGAUCAGGGACUGACCCACAUUCCUCCGUGCAGAAUAGCUGGGACAAAUGCUCCUCAGCAAAAUGCAUGGUAGCUAUUAUCCUCCAAGGACAAAAAAGACCUUGUUAUCUAUGUAAGCGUAUUGAUGAAAGCCUUUUCACUUGCUGCUUCAGUUUCAGGGAGGAAAGAAAGGAGUAAGGCAAAUGAUCUUAAUGUUUUUCCAACACUGGGCAACACAUUGAGACAGCUGCCCCUGGAUAUUUUGAGUCUGAUGAAAACUGAUCAAGAGCCGUACUUGGUUCCCAUAGCUCGCUGUCUUCACAUCUGAGCACCUGCUUGGGCAGUUAAUGUUCAUACAGUAUUCAUUCUCCACUAGAGGUCUUUACAGACAUUUGUGACUGACAGGCACCAUUUCAGAGACGCAGACAGAGAAAGGUAAAAGGAUGCUUUCUUGAGUGACAUGAAGUCACCAAAUAGGCUAGGACAGACCUCAUGAAUCCUGAAACCAAAGCCAUUGUUAGCUAAUAUCACCCCCCCUAAAAAAUUAACAUCUGGGGUUAUAUAAAUGUAUUUGAGUAUUGAUACCAUACUAUUAAUAGUAUAUUAGGGCAGGAAGUAUUUUACUGCUUAGGAAUGAGACAGGCUGAUCACUCCAUUUUUGGGGGGGCAUGGAAGAGAAGUGGUGUAGAAGCAGGAGAGUUAUCUUCCUUCUACAUUGGAUGUUCUUAAUAGAAUAGCAAAAAAUGAAAAUUUCUUUUUCGUCGGAGAGUCCAUUGUAUGGUUACUUACCGAGGGCCCUGAAUCUGUCUCAGUGUCAGCAGACCCUCAAUAGCAGUGAAAUCUCAUUUGGAUUUAACCACUGAUCUCAGCGGCAGCAGGAGCUGAUGGGUCUGAACAUUUCAGCAGGCCAGCCCUAGGUGUCCUGCUCAAGAAACGUUCAUACUUGUCUUGUCCAGGGCCACAAGUUCCCAAAAGGCCAGAGAUGCUGGCUGCAAGGCAAGCAGGGCUAUUGAUGAGAUCCAGAGCAAGGAAAUGAGUUUUCAGUCAACCCUGCAGUAAUGCAAACCUAAUGGUGUGGUUUUUAAGCUCAGAGAGACCAGGAAACUCUGUUAGAUAAUCUUCAGGAUAGCUUUCACUUGUUUCUCCCGAUAACAACACCAAGCAAAGUAACAUGCUUCUUUGCAAGCGUGUGUUUAGUAAAUGAAGUUGAACUGCAUAUGGCAUGUAGGUACAACUUAAGUUAGCUACUGUUACACAUUACAGAAAGAAAUUACCAAGGGAAAUCUCUGCAGGCUUUUUGCAAGGAAAUUGUUUACACAUGUCUGAAACCCCCUGGAAUACAUUCCCACUGAAGGACUUGUGCUUAACCAUAAAAAUACCCCCAAUAUGGUAUGCAUUGUAGCUUUUUAAGAACCAGAAGGAAUGGCGCAAAAUGAAUGGGCUAGGGCCUUCAGUGAUAUGCAGUAGUAUAACUUCAAGAGCUUUCAGAGGCCUAUGGACUUCUGGUGGAGGUAAUACCUCCCUGACAGCAUGGUCCUUUUUGGGGAAGCUAAUGUUCCUGAAAAUGCCCAGCAAUGCAGCAGUAAAGAAAUAUUUUUAAAACUUGUUGGCUAUAGGCAGAGGCAUUUUACACGCUCUCAGUAUUCUUAUGAACUGGUGUUUGCUCUGGCUCCCACAAGAAAAUUGUGAUCUCUAGGUCAUCAGGUUUGAUGCAGAAGAAAGGCUACCUGAUUUCAGAUUUGGCUCCCUCCUUUGUACCCCACUUGCAGAAUCUACUCUGGUCCUUCGAGUCUGACCAGACCGUGGCACUCAGCAGCAGGACCAGGGUCCUGCAGUACCUGGAUUAAACAUAAAGCUGUCCUAGCCCCUCCCUCACACUGCAGUAUCUCACAUCCUGUUGUGAUGGGGGGAAGGCAUAAAUUCAACUUUGGGGGAAGAGCUGGACUGAAAAAAAAACUAUUUCAUGGCAAUACUUGAAUGGCAUUUUACACUUUAAUAAGUUGAAUAGUUGUGACCAAAAUAAUCCAGUUCUGGCUUUGCAACACAGCGCACAAUAGGCUCUCUGUUGACAUUACUUCCCUGAGGAAGUGUGUUUGCCAUCCCUGAAUCUUCCAGUCUUUUAAGGAUAUAGUCCUAUUUAGUCUUUUUGUGUUACUAUCCUGGUUACACUUGUGCAAGGUCAUGCACAAAGCAUGUGCUGUGGUGGAUGGAGACCAUGAGCAGCAGUGAAAAUAGCUGAGUGUACCUCUGCGACUGGGAGAUGUUUCUCUUCUUCUGAACUGCUUUUUGUUUUUGGUAAGCUGAGUGUGACUCACUCAUACCUUGUGAGGAUGAAGAUUUCGAUUAGCCCUCUAGAUUCAGGGACAGCAGGACCACCCCUAAGGCAUGAGAAGUCGUCUUCUGCAGCAGAGCUAUGAAAUCUGCCUUAUUACUGUUACAGGUGCCUUGUCCUGGUUCCUUUCAGGCCAAAUUCAAAGUCACUAUUUGGCUUUUGAAUAUGACUAUGCACCAAAGGUGAGAGACUCAGUUAUCCCUGGGGACAGAAGGGAGAACGUGAUGUCCUGGUUGAGACUAGAGCCUGAUGCAUGGGACAGGGAAAGUGAGUUUCUUUUCUUUAUCCCACAAACUCUCUGUUAGCAAGUCUGCCUUUGAUGGGUGUAUGUGUAUGUGUGCUUUUCUUUCUAUAUAAACACAAAUUGCUCUAAUUAGGAGGGAGGAUUCUUGUAUUUUUAUAUGCUAAGCAAUUUGAUUAAUUAAUACAAUGACACACAGAUAAACUUUGAAAUUCACUGCCAUCUGCUCCAGUACAAUUCAGUAUCACUGAUAUGUAGGUAUCUGCCUUUAGGUAAAACCUAGGGCUGAAUGCACUUACAGUAACCACUCCGUUGCAAAAGUACCUUGUGCCAUGUAGGUGUGUUGUUCCUCGUGAACUUCUGUAACUGUUCCUGUUUAAAAGCUAUGGUUUGAUCCAUGUGACUCUGUUUCAGCCUUUUUAUUAUCUACCAAGAACAGAUGUAUGUGCACACAUGCAAAAAGGACCAUAUUGCUAUGUCGGGGGUGUGUGACCCUGGGGUAGAUAUUACAGAUCUGUUUACAGUGUAGUGCACGCUUCAGCAUAACAAGUCUCCCUGCCUGCUGGGGCAGAAAACAGUCAUGUGGCUCAGGUUGAGAUGGUUGUUUUAUUAGGAGAGUGACAAAUAUGAUUCUUUCUCUCUUUUUCCCUUCUCUCAUGGAAAUGUAUAUUUGUGUCUCUUUGUGUAGCUUCUUAAUCUGAAAUAAAAAUCACCCCAAACAGAA